AAUGAAACUAAAUUCAAAUUUCUAAACUUUUUGUCUUCCAUAUAUAAACCCACGAACAAGUUCUCUGCUUUUUCUCUACAUUAUACCACUAAUGGCCGAUCAAGAGAAGUGGGUGAAUAAUUAUUCAAGCAUUCACCGUAUACUCUUAGUCGGAGAAGGAGAUUUUUCCUUCUCUUCAAGCUUGGCUCAGUCCCUUGGCUCUGCUUCUAACAUCGUUGCCACGUCCCUUGAUUCUUAUGAUGCUGUGGUCAAGAAAUACAAGAAAGCAAAAUCAAAUUUGGAAAAUUUAUCAAAAUUAGGAGCAUCAAUAUUUCAUGGAGUUGAUACAACCAAAAUGAAACUUCACUCAGAUUUGAAGAUGCAGAAGUUCGAUCGAAUUAUCUUCAACUUUCCUCAUGCAGGUUUCCAUGGAAAAGAGGACAAUGUCCGGCUUAUUGAGAUGCACAAGAAACUUGUGCUAGGCUUCUUCAGGAAUGCAAGUGGGAUUCUACGAGCCUUUGGGGAGGUACACGUAACCCAUAAAACUUCAGCUCCAUUUUGCCACUGGAACAUCGAGGAACUUGGUCAGAGAAACUGUUUAGUAGUAGUUGAGUGUGUUAAGUUCAAGAUAGAAGACUAUCCGGGUUAUAAUAAUAAGAGAGGAGAUGGUACUAGAUGUGAUGAGCCCUUCCCUUUAGGAGAGUGCAGUAUCUUCAAGUUCAGAUUUUCCGCUGCUUUAAACAAAAUGUCAAAUUUAACGAGCCAUUCUGGAUUUGCUCUCGGAAGAUCUGAACUUUAUCAGGAUAUUCCAAUUCAGACGCACUGUAAUCAGCUAACUUCAUUCCACUUCGGUCAUCCUCAAGAAAUUCGCUGCAGAGAUAUGAAUGACGUAAUAAGGCAUAGGCUGUCACCUUUAGUAUUCAAUGCCAGAAGUACUAAUGAGCACAUCAAUCAUGCAUCCGAAGUACAUCAGAGACCUAUCAUUAGUGAUACAAACUAUUUUGCUAAUCGAGCUCAGGGAUGUGACUAUGAAAGGUACAUGGCGGAAGCACGUGGUGGAUUUCAGCACUUCCAAUGCAGUUCCUCCAGUAUAAGGUGGCCUCAACAAGCGCCGUUCAGUCAUUUAAGCCGUCAAACAGAACUGGACAGAAAUAUGAAUGGAUUCUCAGGGUAUAUGGGGGAAACUGUAAGAAUAAAUGUCGGAAAUGAAAAUAGUAAUGCCUUGCAUAGGAAGGUGGAAUUUUUUGCUGAUCAGUUGCAGGGAUGUGACUACACAAAAGCAUCUGAAAGAUCUCGGUACUUCAAGGAUAAUGUCUUCAGAAUGCAUCACAAUCAAGCUUUGUCAAGUCCUAUGAACUAUCAGAAAGGGUUCAACACAAUUAUGAAUGAACAUCCAGGUUACAGAACGAAAAAUCUUAACGCCCCAAGCAGGGAUGUAGACUAUUUUCCUGUUCGGGCAUCUGGAUGUGAACGUGAAAGGUUCAUGGCAGAAGUAGCUGGGCGAACUCCGUACAACGAAAGAGUAUACACCUCACAGGGGUUCUUAAAUCCUCCCGUAGGAGACACAUGGAGUCAGAGCAGAUUUGUUUACAGUCAGCAUGUAAACUGAACAAGGAUGCAUGACUUGGGCACUGAGUAUGUUGCGCAACGCAGAGAUCUCGUCAGCAUUGCAGCAUAAGAGAGAGUUGGUUUAUGGGCAGCUCAAUGAGUAAUUUGAAGGUCUGAUUGUCUUUUUGUUCUAAGCUAAGUUAAGCUUCUUUCGUUUUGUGUGAAUGAAAGAUGUAUAUAUUUGGUAGGCUAAAAACCAAAUAUUCCUCCAGAGAGUUUGAAAUUUGAAAGAAUCAAUAGCACCAAAGUAUAGAACCUGCAAAUGUGACUUUGUCAUGUUAUUCAUUUACUUUUCCGUUUACCCUAA